UAAGGGGCGGGACUAGCGCCAGAGUCGGGAAAGAGCACACAGAGAAACUGGUGUCAGCACAGCAGCGGCUCCAGCAGAGGGAGAAAUCAAUUGGGAUACGCGUCGGGCUGUGUUAUAUCAUUCGGCUUUCGGGAAUACCUUCAUUUUCCUCUCAGAAGAUAUGAGACGAGUUGUGCGGCAGAGCAAAUUCCGUCACGUCUUUGGCCAGGCGGUUAAGAAUGACCAAUGCUACGAUGAUAUCCGUGUGUCAAGGGUCACAUGGGACAGCGCUUUCUGUUCAGUCAACCCCAAGUUUGUUGCCAUAAUUGUUGACGCCAGUGGUGGUGGAGCUUUCCUCGUUCUCCCGCUUCAUAAGACAGGACGCAUUGACAAAUCCUACCCUACAGUGUGUGGUCACACAGGCCCAGUCUUAGACAUUGAGUGGUGCCCCCACAAUGAUCAGGUCAUCGCCAGCGGCUCUGAGGACUGCACAGUGAUGGUGUGGCAGAUUCCUGAGAAUGGCCUGGUCACUUCCAUGUCUGAGCCAGUAGUGGUACUGGAGGGCCACUCCAAGCGUGUUGGAAUCAUCACAUGGCACCCAACUGCACGCAACGUCCUUCUUAGUGCAGGUUGUGACAACCAAAUUGUCAUCUGGAAUGUGGGCACAGGUGAGGCUAUGAUCACCCUGGAGGACAUGCACCCUGAUGUCAUUUAUAGCGUGUGCUGGAACCGCAACGGUAGCCUUAUCUGCACCUCCUGCAAGGACAAGACCAUCCGUGUCAUCGACCCCCGCAAGGAGAUGGUUGUUGCUGAGAAGGAAAAGGCACAUGAGGGUGCUCGACCCAUGAGGGCCAUUUUCCUUUCUGAUGGCAACAUCCUCACCACAGGUUUCAGUCGCAUGAGUGAGAGACAGCUCGCCCUCUGGAACACGCAAAACAUGGAGGAACCCAUGACUGUUAAUGAGAUGGACACCAGCAAUGGAGUGCUGUUGCCGUUUUAUGACCCAGACACCAAUGUUGUUUACCUCUGUGGGAAGGGUGACAGCAGCAUCCGUUACUUUGAAAUCACAGAUGAGGCUCCAUAUGUUCAUUUCCUCAACACCUUUGCAACCAAGGAACCCCAGAGGGGAAUGGGCUACAUGCCCAAGAGGGGCCUUGAUGUCAACAAGUGUGAAAUUUCGAGGUUCUAUAAACUACACGAAAGGAAGUGUGAGCCUAUCGUGAUGACUGUACCUAGAAAGUCUGACCUGUUCCAGGAUGACUUGUACCCAGACACAGCUGGACCCGACCCCGCCCUGGAGGCGGAGGAGUGGUUCGACGGCAAGAAUGGAGACCCCAUCCUCAUCUCCCUCAAGAAUGGCUACGUCCCGGUCAAGAACCGUGAAUUCAAGGUUGUCAAAAAGAACAUUUUGGACAGCAAGGUGACCAAGAACUCAGAGAACUCAAGCCCUGCCAACAAGUCUGCCUCCCCAACUCCAUCAAUUAAAUCUGAAGCCAAGCUGGAGGAGAUCUUGAAAGAAAUCAAAUCCCUCAAGGACCUGGUCAGCAGUCAGGAGAAGCGAAUCAUCACACUUGAAGAGCAAAUGUCCAAAAUUGCCAUUUAGGGACCCUUUACCCAACCCGCUACAAUUCAGGACGUUCCAUUGGCUGGGGGAAAGGCGGGACCGGUCACUGCCAAUCUCAAUGACAGUGUUUCGUCUGAGGCCUGCCUAGCAACGAUCCCUAGCAACAUUCCAGAUGAACUUUUUCUUAGCCAGCCCCAGACCCUCUUUAACACAGGUGGAAUAAGGACAUGUGGCAAAUUUAGCAGAAAACACUCUUGCUUUUUGGUGACAAAGGACUCUGUUCCUUUUAUCAUGUGGCAGUCAUUUUAUAUUUUGUCUACCUGCAUAAAAUAGUUUUGCAUAUUCUUUUGCAUUUUAGAAAUAUGACCAAGAAAAUUCCAAUAUCGGUAGUCCUCAUUUGUUAUUGCAUACCCACAUAUUUUUUUAAGCUGGUAUCAGUGUUUCAUGUUACUGUACCCCAAAAUUAUAAUGUUGCCAAAAAUUGAAAUUUUGUUUACACCUCCAUAACAGUAUUUCUUUAUUUGAUGAAAAAUUGAAACUGCAAACAUGGGCACUCAGUACAUUAGACUCAUUAUGCAAGGAGGAGGAGGAGAAUCUCAUCAACUAUCAUUUUACUAUGAAACUAAAUUAAUUUAAAUGAAAUGGAUUGUUACACGGUGAGAACUGACAUCUUAAACUCUACAAUUAGGAGGACAUUAAUUCUGUUUGAACACACAUUUGGCUGCCACAGUCUACACCAAGUCCACAGACGUAAAUGACAUGUCUCGCUGUCUGUGUUGAAGCUGCUCACGUCAGCACCAGCUUUAUGCCAACUCUCAACAUUCCUGCUGUUUCCUGUCAUUCUGACUGUGGAUAUCUGUCCACGUAAACAUGCAUUCCUUUCUAUCUAGCUUCAUUAACAUAUGACUGUGUGCUUAUUGGAGAAAUCCCACAAUUCAAACACACAUUCCCCACAUUUUAUUGACAGUUCCUGAUUCAAGAGUUUAAAAAAAAAAAACAAAAAACAAAAAAAAAACAAACUUCUAUAAACUUCAUCUUUCUGUUAACACACUACUGUAGUGACCCGGUUAUACUGGUUGGUUCUUUUUGUGACAAAAGAUCAACUUGGUGGAUUAUCAGUCUCCGCUUCCUUUUGCUGGAGGUUCAGGUGUCAACCUCAGCGUUGGGUAUCCGCACGUUUUGCUCGACACAACAAGUGCAGUCAAGUGUCUUGGGAUUAUUUUUUGUCACUGUUUUUUUACUUUGUGCCAUUUCGGAUCUGUGGUUUCUGUUCAAACAAAACAGGACCAGAUAUGAAAUGACACCAAGUAAUCACACAUUGUCUUGACUCUUUUUAACCUUCUGAUGAUAAAACUGGAGAUCACUACAGAAACUGUUCAUGAUAGACCUCAAAGACCUGGAUUGUGUGUGAAUAUGUGCCUCAUGUCUUUGGUCCUUUGGGUCUCUGUUGCUCUGGAUGUUCCUGCUUUGUUUCUUAUGGGUGGGGAGUAAAACUUCCAAGACUUGCCUCUUAAACUUGGAUGAAUUUGAAAGUUGGUUUAUUGCUUCACUGUUAAUUUUAGCCUGUUUCUUGUUCCAGCUGUGCUUAUAUCCCUCUUAGCACUUCCACUUCUUGGUUUUUUUAAAGGUUAUUUCUCAAGAUGUCCCAGUUCAAUUUAGUUAAUCGAGGAACCAUUGAAUUGUUCAAUCUGAGCAGCUGUGGUAAAAGCUCAUCCUGAUGUUUUAGAUUUGUUUCCCAGUGGGAAGCUAAGAUGGGUAAUGGUUCAGUCUGUUGUUUGCCUUCAAUAUUUGUUACCACUGUAAAGACCUGAAAGUGCCAUAGAGGUGAUCAUGCAAGUGUUUGUAGGAGACUGUUGACUGAGUAGAUUUGUGUAGUAAUCAGAGGAGUUGAUGGGUGCCCGGAUUUACAACCACUUUGGGGUACUGUGCUUAGUGCAAACGCUAUGUUCGAAGGACGCUGUUCGUAAAGUACUGUAUAUCAGCCCCCCUGGACGACAUCGUGAAUCACAGUAACAAUACACCAGGCAGCGUAACCGCUCAGGCGGGACUUAAUAGAAGCAUUGAGCUCCUGAUGUUUUGACGCUUUUCGCCUCGGUACAUCCUCAUGCACGAUGUCAGGCUGUCGGCUGAACGCACGACAUCGUAGCUUCAACAUGCAAUUUGAACAGUGAGUCGUAGAAUAUUAGUGACAGGAGAUCUGCAGAGUGCAACAGAAAUGUGGUUCCGAGACACAUUACACUGCCCUAUCUUGUAUAUCAGGCUGCAACUCUAUGGAUUCUGUAAAGCACUGUUGGCACGAGAGUUUUGAGGAGUCGUAGUGAGUAGCGAUCAAAGGGACAAUGUAGGUUGGAGAAAUGUGCAGUUGAAAGAUAGAUGUAUGUUUGUGAUUAAGGUCUAGAAAAAUGAAUGAAAGCUUUGUAAAUAACAAGACCAUAUUUUCUGUAUUUUUUUUUUGUUUGUUUUGUGGUUGUGCUGAAGAGGGUAUUUGUAUAGGAGGUGGGUUUUAAAUGUUUUCCCUUGUCUGUGUUCCCUGCACCUUGCCAUAAUGCAUCAUGAGAAAAGCAGAACCUCUGUUAUGUUGGAGGUCGUAUGAAUAUCAAGACAGAAAAUCAGACAAAAAACAAACCGGGAUGAAGCCUCAUGUGGAGUUCUGCUCAGCAUUUUUGUUCAUUAUUCUUGCUUCAAGUAUCAAACAUUGAUUAUAAGAAAAAUUAAUAAAGAAUUUUUAAAAUUG